UUGAAGGUUAAUUUAAACAGAGAUUGCCCAUUUUGGGAAGUUGAUAGCAGAUGUGCAAUACGUGAUUGUUCAGUGAAAACUUGCCCUGAUGAACAAAUUCCACCUGGAAUUAAGGGUCAACAUCAACCAAAAUCCCAUCAUAAUAAGUAUUCUCAAGAAGCUCAAGAUCUGGAUAAUUGUGAUGAAAAUCAUGGUGGACUUGGGGCUGUAGAUAGCACAAUAAGUGAUGAAAACAAAGAAGAAUUUGCAAGAUGGCAACAUCAUGAUAAUGCACAAGAAAACUUUUGUGAGUUAGAUGAUGAAACAUCAAUUGACAUGCAAUAUGUUGAUCUUCAGCUUAAUCCUGAAAGGUACACUGGUUAUAAAGGAGCAUCUGCCCAUCGUGUUUGGAAAAGUAUUUAUGAAGAAAAUUGUUUUACUUUGCGAGAUAAUUAUGGUCCCUAUUCGACUUCAAGAAACAUCAAUUCCAUGUGUCUAGAAAAAAGAGCAUUUUACAGAGCAAUAUCAGGAUUGCAUACGAGCAUCAGCAUUCAUCUUUGUGCCCAGCACUACACGAGAGCUAAAAAUGGUUUUAGUCCUGGAGAAUGGGGACCCAAUGUGGAAGAAUUUAGAAAACGUUACGAUCCUGAACUAACAAAUAAUGAGGGACCUCAGUGGUUAAAAAAUUUAUAUUUUGUGUAUCUUCUUGAGUUAAGAGCUAUAGCCAAAGCUGCACCAUUUUUAGAACAAGAGUAUUUCUAUACUGGUAACGAAGAAGAAGAUGAAAGCGUUCGACAAGCAAUAAAAGAGAUGCUUCAAAUAGCAAACUCAUUUCCUGAUCAUUUUAAUGAAAGUGUUAUGUUUUCUGGAAAUAAAAAGCAAGCAAAGAUUAUGAAGGAAGAAUUUCGUAGACAUUUCUGGAACAUCUCUCGCAUAAUGGACUGUGUCGGUUGCGAUAAGUGUAGACUUUGGGGAAAACUCCAGGUUCAGGGAUUGGGAACCGCUUUCAAGAUAUUAUUUUCUGUAAACCAACUAAAAACGUUUGAUAGUAAUGUCAAAAAGAAUCGAUUUCAUUUGACAAGAACAGAAAUACUAACACUUUUUAAUGCAUUUGGAAGGUUGUCCAAUAGUGUUUAUCAACUUGAAGUUUUUAGAAAUUUAUUAAAAUCAAAGACUGACUAAGUUCUGUGGUUAUUUGAAUAUGCCAAUUUUCGUGCAAAAUGAUAAAAGAUAACAUUUUGAAUGAUUUGAUCAUAAACCAACAACUUUGGUUGUAAAUUACUUUUUUGGUUCAAAACACACUUUUUAUCAAAAUUUGCUGUAAUCCUUCAGGAAAACACAUCACGAGAUGUUUCGGAAGACAAUAUUGUCCAAUAAAACUCUUAUUUAUAUACAACCUGUAAAAUGGCUCAUUGAGCAUAUCACUCUGAAAUUUAUCCUACUUAUUUUUUUUAACAUGUGCCUUACUGAUGUUUGUGUAUAACAUGCAUGAAAUUAUUGUUAACAGUAUUAUAUAAUAAUAUUUUGUUCUCUAUAACCUCAAUUGUUUUUAACUUUUAUUGUUAUUCUAGUCUACUUUGUUUUUUGGGUUUUUUUUUAUUAAAAAAGUUUGAUUGAAUUAAAAUUUGUCACAAAAAUGUAAUUAAGUUUUUAAUUAUCUAGGUACUUCAUAUAUAUACUGGUAUAUUUGAAGUGAUAUGCCCAAUGAAAUGAAUGAACAAAUUGUUUUAUGAAUCUGUCUGUUUGAUGGUGUGUUGUUUACAUUCCAAGACUAUUCUUUUUGUGAUCUGUUGUUGUAAAUAAACUGUUUAUAAUUUGCAUAAAU